CCACUUUUUUUGUUGUUUCUUGUUGCUACUGCUAAAAAAGCAUCUUCUUCUUCCUUUUUUUCAUUCUCAACACUUUGCUUUUCCUUCUUCUUCUAGUCUCUCUUUUGCUUCUGAUUGGAACCAAGCUCGCUUCUCUCCUUCUUCUCCUUCUUCCUCUUUGCGUGUGGUUUAUCUAUCUUCCUCCAAAUAAUCUCUUGAUCUCCUCCCAUUAAUUCAACUCUCAAUUCUCAAUCUUUAUGCUAAAUUGAAUCUCCUUAUCCUUCUCUGCUUUCUGGGUUCUCGAGUCUCGAUUUCUGGGAUUACUUAUUCUCUCUCCCGGGAAAAUUAAACCCACAUGAAUCUGUUUCGUAACUUAACUGAUUCAUCGGCUUGAAAUAGAUAUUCUUCACAAAGUUUCAAGCUUUUCGUUUUGAAUUCUCUCAAUUGAAAAUUCAUGGGGAUCUGUCAUGGUAAACCCAUCGAGCAACAACAAUCAAAAAGCCUCCCAGUUUCCGGCGAAACCGAUGAAGCUCCGACGAAUUCACAGCCACCGGCGAAAUCUUCCGGCUUUCCGUUUUACAGCCCAAGUCCUGUACCAAGCUUAUUCAAAUCCUCACCUUCCGUAUCUUCGAGCGUGAGCUCAACGCCUCUUCGUAUCUUCAAGAGACCUUUCCCUCCUCCUUCUCCUGCUAAGCACAUACGAGCUUUCCUCGCGCGUCGCUACGGCUCUGUCAAGCCCAAUGCGGUUUCGAUUCCCGAAGGUAAAGAAUGUGAGAUUGGCCUCGAUAAGAGUUUUGGGUUUUCGAAACAGUUUGCUUCACACUACGAGAUUGAUGGUGAGGUGGGUCGUGGACAUUUUGGGUAUACUUGCUCUGCUAAGGGUAAAAAAGGUACCUUGAAAGGUCAAGAAGUUGCUGUUAAAGUUAUUCCUAAAUCAAAGAUGACAACUGCAAUUGCGAUUGAGGAUGUUAGUAGAGAAGUGAAGAUGUUGCGGGCUUUGACUGGUCAUAAGAACCUAGUCCAGUUUUAUGACGCGUUUGAAGAUGAUGAAAAUGUUUAUAUUGUCAUGGAGUUAUGCAAAGGUGGUGAACUCUUGGAUAAAAUUCUUCAAAGGGGUGGAAAAUACUCAGAAGAUGAUGCUAAAAAAGUUAUGGUUCAGAUUCUCAGUGUUGUGGCUUACUGUCAUCUACAAGGUGUGGUUCACCGUGACCUUAAACCCGAGAACUUUCUUUUCUCAACGAAGGAUGAGACUUCUCCUCUGAAAGCAAUUGAUUUUGGUCUUUCUGACUAUGUCAAGCCAGACGAGAGGUUGAAUGAUAUUGUAGGAAGUGCUUACUACGUGGCCCCAGAAGUUUUACACCGUACAUAUGGAACAGAAGCUGACAUGUGGAGUAUAGGAGUGAUUGCUUAUAUUCUUCUCUGUGGCAGUCGGCCCUUUUGGGCUCGUACUGAAUCUGGAAUCUUUCGGGCUGUCCUAAAGGCAGAACCGAAUUUUGAAGAAGCUCCUUGGCCAUCCCUAUCACCUGACGCUGUAGAUUUUGUGAAAAGAUUGCUUAACAAAGAUUACCGUAAACGACUAACUGCGGCCCAGGCUUUGUGUCAUCCCUGGCUGGUUGGCUCGCAUGAACUAAAGAUUCCAUCUGAUAUGAUCAUAUACAAGCUUGUAAAAGUGUACAUAAUGUCAACUUCAUUGAGAAAAUCGGCUUUAGCGGCUCUUGCCAAGACAUUAACUGUACCGCAGUUAGCUUAUCUGCAGGAGCAAUUCACGUUGUUGGGGCCAAGCAAAAAUGGAUAUAUUUCGAUGCAAAACUACAAAACAGCAAUCCUAAAGAGUUCAACAGAUGCUAUGAAGGAUUCACGAGUGUUAGAUUUUGUUCACAUGAUAAGUUGUCUUCAAUACAAGAAACUAGACUUUGAAGAGUUUUGUGCUUCAGCAUUAAGCGUUUAUCAGCUUGAAGCAACGGAAACAUGGGAACAACAUGCACGGCGUGCUUACGAGUUGUUUGAGAAAGACGGGAAUAGACCCAUCAUGAUUGAAGAACUUGCAUCGGAACUCGGACUCGGGCCAUCAGUGCCGGUGCACGUUGUUCUUCAGGAUUGGAUAAGACAUUCUGAUGGCAAGCUUAGUUUCUUAGGCUUUGUCAGAUUACUACAUGGCGUGUCUUCUCGGACCUUACAAAAAGCUUAGAGUAACGCCAUUGUUAGAUGAGAAAAGAUGCAACUAGGUGGAGUAGAUCUGGUUUCUUCCUUUCUUUCCACUUCUUGAUAGUUUUUUUAGUUUUCUUUUUCUAUUUAUGGGUAAGCUUCUGAGUCAAAGAUUCGAUAAUUAUGUCUGUGAGUGUAUGUGUGUGUGGUGGGAAGGAAAAGUUUAUGAAGAAGAGGAAUGUACAGAAUGAGACAUAUCCGAUGAUUAUUUUAAUCCAGUGAUGUUUACGUGUGAAGCA